CGAAACAUGCUCCGUGCCCGGCCCGCGUGCGGCGCCGUCCUGCUGAGGCGGCCGGGGCCCGUUGGGCGCCGCGGGUACUGGCGGACCGUGGGGCUGACCGAGAGCAUCAUCUCGGAGCUGGACACGGACCAUCACUUCGUGCACAGGAGCACGAUCCCCACCAUGCACUUCCAGGACAGCCUGCCCAGAUUACCUGUUCCAAAAUUGGAGGAUACUGUGAAGAGAUAUUUGGCUGCUCAGAAACCUCUACUGGAUGAUGAUCAGUACAGAAAUACUGAAAGAAUUGCCAGGGAGUUUGAAAAAGGAGUGGGCAGGAAGUUACACCGAGAUCUUGUUGAAUUCGAUAAAAAGAAUAAGCAUACAAGUUAUAUAUCAGAUCCCUGGUUUGAUAUGUAUCUCUGUGCCAGAGACCCUGUUGUUUUAAACUUCAACCCUUUUAUUUCUUUAAAUCCUGAUCCAAAAGAAGCAUACAACAGCCAGGUAGUGAGGGCAACAAAUCUGGUAGUAUCAUCAAUAAAAUUUCUUAACUCUCUAAAUAAUGAAUUUUUACGGCCAGAUAUCUAUUAUGUCAAUCCAAAAUGGAGCCAGAGUAGGCUCUUCAAAAAGUUUAUCAGCCUUCUUCCAACCUCUGUGUCUUGGUAUGGAGCUUAUAUGGUAAACGCAUAUCCCUUAGAUAUGUCACAAUAUAAGCGUCUCUUCAACAGUUCCAGAAUUCCUAAAUUAAACAAAGAUGAACUGUUUACUAAUGAAUGGGGAAGACAUUUGUUGGUGAUGAGAAAUGGACAUUUUUAUGUUUUUGAUGUUUUGGAUCCUGGUGGUAAUAUUCUGCAUCCAUCUGAAAUCCAGGCUCAGUUAAUUUAUAUUUUGCAAGAUGCAGAUCGCUUGCCUGAGUUUUCCCUUUGUUAUCUCACCACAGAAGACAGGAAUACUUGGGCAGCAGUAAGACAACAGCUUCUCGAAGCAGGCAAUGAAGACAACUUACAAAAAAUUGAUAGUGCAGUUUUUUGCCUAUGCUUAGACAAUAUUUCCCUAAAGAAUGAUACUGAGCUGUCACAUUGUAUGCUUCAUGGACGUGGUUUUAAUCGUUGGUUUGACAAAUCCUUUAGUCUGAUUAUCACUAGUGAUGGCACUGCAGGGGUAAAUUUUGAGCAUUCUUGGGGAGAUGGAGUUGCAGUACUUCGUUUUGUUAAUGAAGUAUAUAGAAACAGUACAAGGCACCCAGCUAUUGUACCACAUUCUAGUCCUGCUGCGUUAAGUGCUACCAAGUGUGAGAGACUGGAGUUUAAAUUGAAUGAUUCAAUCCAAUCUGCUAUAAACGCUGCACGUAUGAAAUUUGAAGAAACAAAUGAGAAAAUAUCUGUGAGAAUGUUUGAAUUCAGAAAGUUUGGAAAAGAAUUUUUAGUGAAACAAAAGCUGAGUCCAGAUGCUGUUUUUCAACUUGCAUGUCAGAUGACUGCUUAUCGACAGUUUGGAAAAAUUAUUUCUUCUUACGAAGCAUGUAGCACUGCUGCUUUUAAACAUGGCCGCACGGAAACUAUUCGACCCACAUCUAUACUAACAAAACAAUGUUCACGUGCAUUUGUUGAAGAACGAAGCAAACACAGUGUAGCAGAACUGAGAAAUAUGAUUGAUGAAUGUUCAAAAUAUCAUAGACGGUUGCAACUGGAAGCUGCAUUAGGUAAAGGAUUUGAUCGCCAUUUGUUUGCAUUAAAACAUCUUUCAGUGUCCAGAGGUGAUCCUAUGCCUGAACUUUUUCUUGACUCAGCCUACCAAAAACUAAACCAUAUUAUCCUUUCAACUAGUACAUUACACAGUCCUGCAGUUCAUCUUGGUGGAUUUGGGCCAGUGGUGCCAGAUGGUUUUGGAAUUGGAUAUAAUGUAUUUGAUACAUGGGUAGGAUGUAACACAACUGGCUAUUUAAAUAGAGAACUACAAGAAUUUCUUAGAUGCCUUGAGUAUAGUUUAACUGAUAUUUUAGAUGUUUUAGAAGGAAGACCUCUUGUGUAAGAUUGGCAAUAUUAGCAAUUAUUUUAAAACUAAUUUCUGACCCAUAAAAAUAACGGUGCAAAAUCAACAGCAAAAAUCUAAUAAUGAGAAUAAGCUAUUGGGAAAUAUAUUUUCUACAUCUGUAGAAAGUAACUACAAGAGAAAGGGAAACUCGGAAACCUUUAUUAGUGGACUGACAAGAUAAUGUUAAAAUGUUAUUCUGUUUUUGUCCCUUUUUUUUUUAAUUAUUACUAGUUUUCAACAUCCAUUAAGGCCUUUACGAAUGUUUUUUCCAUAUAUUUUCCAAACUCUUCCUAUUUUAAUGAAUCCCUUAAUUUUAUACUUGUUUAUUCUUUUUUAUACUCUGCUUAUUAUUUAUUUUUUGGAGGAGGAUUGUUUGGUUGGGUUUUGUUUUGUUUGCUUUGUAUUGUUAUACUGUAUUAUGUCUUCAUGGCUAUGCUUGUUCAAACAUGAUUAUAAAAUACAAGUUUAACAUCUUAACUACAGGAGACAAAUUUUCAUAACUGUGCUGCAAUUAUAGUGGAAGCCAAACUUUUUCUUAGUUUUUAUGUACAUUAAUGUGGAAUUGAUGUUUCUGUUAUA